UUACACCCUUUACACGCACCCAGCUUCAUCCUUUGUGCCUUGAGCUGGAUGCUCAUGCAGCGACAAACUGGCCCAGGAAAGCUCAUCACCUAAUAAACCAUCUUGUUAGUCUUUAAAGUGCUGCAUUGUCCUGUCUUGUUUCAGCUACAACAGACUAACAUGGCUGCAUCUCUAUCACUUUUCCCCACUCCUUUCAGGAGAGCCCUUGCCGUUUGCAGCACCUGGGGACUGGGAGGAGUUUGGGCUUCUCACUAGGAUGCUGUGGCCUUUGGCUGUCUCUUGAUACCUGCCUGCCUUUUUUCUGCCUCUGUGUCAGGCAUAUCUUUCAAGCUCAGGGUGAUCUUUCCAUUUGUUAAAAGGACAUGUAGGAAGAACCUGUCAUCACUGACUCAUAUUAUCUGUGGAAAAGGGAAUAAUUGAAACACUUCUGUUAAUAAAUUGAAACCAUUGAUUACAAUGUGUUGGUUAAAGCCAGGCUUAAUGUACUUUGUUUUUCCUUUUCCUACCAGAAUGAUGGUAGCUUGUGUCUCCCUGCACCACCACAUGACUGGAGAUGGUGCUAAAACAUUCAUCAUCCUAUUGUCCAAAUUACUCAGAGGACUUCAGGAAAUUCUUGAUAAAAGAGAAGGUUCUCCUUUUUGUGAGGCUAUUCAAAGGAGAGGGCGAUAUCAAAAACAUCAUUGCCUGAAACAAAUAUCUCAAUCUCUUAUGACAUUUCAGACUCACAUAUUGGACCAGAUCACAGCAGAAGACCUAAGAAAACAUUUUUUCUCUGCUUUCUCUAGUUUGGAAGGAGAGAUAAGCAGGCACACGAUGGAGUCAAUAUUAGAAGCUUACUUUUGUGGAAGAAUAGGAAAUAGUCAUCAGAAGCUUCUUUCCCAAUUGAGUUGUGAUUUCUAUUACAGAUGUGUGCAUUUUAAAAAUGGUAGAAAUGAAAUGCUGAAUUUGGUGAAUGACUAUUUUGUAGAAUUACAUUUUGCUGUACCAGGUCUUCCUGUUUCAAAUUCCAGGAUCUUAGAAGGACUUGUUCUUCACAGAGAUUUUGGUGUGUACUGUCCAGCAGAUGGUGACAUAAGAAUGUUAAUUGUAACAGAAUCCAUCCACUCUGAUCUUUCUGCCUCUGAUUUAGAGUUUGUUGUAAAUGCAGAAGUUCAGUAUCAGGCUUCCCAAGUCUGGUUUACAAAAAGAACAGAAACUAUAAUGAAACACUUGCAGAGCAACAAUAUAAAAGUAUUAUUGUCAAGUGUGAAACAACAAGAAAUAGUUAUUUACUAUGCAAAAAUAAGUGGUAUAUCUGUUGUUGAGUGUUUAUCGUCAGAAGAAAUCUCUCUUCUCUGCAAAACCACAGGUAUCUCACCGUUUGUACCUACUCGGGACAAUGUACGUUGUGAGAUCACUGAAACCAUGGUAGCAAAAUUUUGUCGUCCUAUUGUACUUGGCUCCAAGAGAUAUGUUCAUCUUGGCUUGACAAGGACAUGUGCCUUUCAGCCACACUGUGUGAUCUUUUGUGGACCAGUGCAUGGCGUCACUGAGCAGCAUGCCUCUGCUUUUCAAGGAGCAUUUAAAAUGUUACAGCAACUAUUUAAAGCAGUUGACUUGAGUGACAAAUGUGCUGCACAACCCGAAAACCCAAAUAAUACUUCAGAAGCUGUAUACUGUAGUUUGCAAUAUUCAUCUCAACAGAAACUCAAAAUGGAGAAUAAUUCUUGUAACGGGGAAAAGAUCAACAACCAACAACUGAAAACAUUUCCGGCUGAAACAGAAAAACAGUUUGUAGACUCUUAUUCAUGGGUAGAUGAAAAUCCAUCAUGUAGUCAAACAUAUUUGCAAAAAUCCUCAAACCUAGUCAUGCCUAUUGUAAAAUUAAAGAACGAUUUUAUGUUUUCAGCUCUCAUUGAUAGAGGUCAUACUUUAAGAGAGUUGCAGAAAUUCAAGUAUCCAAGUGAAAUGGGCAUAAAGAAUAAGAGUGAGCCAGUUGUCAAUAACCACAGGAUUUGUAAUGAUGCUAUGACAGCAAUAGAAAACACUAGUACAUCCGUUGUGUCCAAACAUCUAAAUACUACUAAGGACUAUUGGAAUCCAGGCAAUCCUAUAAUUCCAUUUAAGUAUGAGAAGAGUUAUAACCACACAAUCCAAAGUUACACCAGUUCAGUCAUACAGGCAGGAUCAGUUUUGCCAGUGGGAGGCAACUUUGAGAUGCUGUUACAUUAUUAUCUCCAUUCCUAUGCAAAAAAGUGCCUACAGCCAAAAAUAACUGUUGUUUCUACUGUAAUUGCUGAUGCAUUGCUGAGCAUUCCAAAAAUCCUUCAUAGGACAACAAAAAAGAACAGUUUUACUCAGGUCUAUUUCAAAGCCACUAGUGCACUUCAAAUUAAUAAUCAGCUGCACAUGAAUCAACAAGGUCUAGAAUCAGUGUAUUGUAAAUAUCAGUUAGUAGCUUCUGUUCUUCAUUGUGUUACAAAACUUCUCACUAUUGAUUUAAUAAUUGCCAUUAGGAGACUACCUCAAAAGACUGAGGAUAAUGAUUCAGAAGGAGAUUUGUGAAAAUAACUUUGUUUUUCCUAUGUGUUUUGGUUAAGUCUGGAUGUCCAAGCUCAGGGCCAGAACAAAUGCUUCUUUCUAUAACAAAGAUGGAAGAAAAAGAUCAUUGCAGGUUUUUAUUGCUAUUGAAUUCAGUAAAGCAAUUUCUGUUAAUUUCAAGCAUAAGUAAAUGCAAUAGUAUGCAUUUGGAGUAAAACUGAUUAUGGCCCUGUGCACCAUAUUAUGAAAGAUCUCUGCCCAAUGGUGAAUCUCACCUCAUUUUUCAAAUUUUUAAUAUUUAUGCAAAUUAAGUGUGAAUUUUGGUUUUACUGGCAAGUUACCUUGUGGUAUGUACCACCAAAAUGUUGUAAAGCUAAAGAACUAGCUUUAACAAUUGUUUAAAAAGUAAAAAAAUCUCUAAUUUAUUAAUCUUUAUAAGGACUUGAAUUAAAUGUUUUUAACCAUACAUUGUGUUUUUGUGUAUAUAUUUUCCCUAUUUUUUGGCCUUAUAAUCAUGUAAUGUUGAUGUGAAGAGGAUUAAGACAGCCAUCAGUAGGCUUUAAGCCAAUAUGUAUCGUAUCACGCUUAAACAAAACUUUUAUUUGCAGAUAAUUCAAACAUAACAUCCAGACAUACAGAAUAUCUUUAUUUCAAUCUAUGUACUAUAUACAUUUUUUA